UUUGCGACGCUCAAGAUGUCUGCCCCCAGGCGACGAUGAGCCCGCCCGGCCGGGGAGGAGGAGGAGGAGGACGAGGGCCCAAACCCGGGCAGCCGGCGGGUCCCGCCUCCCGGGGCUGAGCCGGCUGCCGGCAGGGGGGUUCUAGCAGGGCGUACAGCCAGCCGGGAGAGCGGCUCGUUUGUUCGCUGGGGGCUUUGUGGCGAGCGAGGCCUCCGGGCGGGCCUUCUUCCCCCCCCCCCCCCCACACACACCCCCCCCGGGGCGGCGGGAUGUGGAGCUCCCUGGUGCGGUGCGGGGCCCGGCGGGGGCUGGCGUCGGGAAGGCCGCCCUGGAGCCAGGUGGUGUCGGAGGCUGAGAAGAUCGUGGGGUACCCGACGUCCUUCAUGAGCCUGAGGUGCCUGCUGAGCGACGAGCUCAGCAACAUCGCCAUGCAGGUCCGCAAGCUGGUGGGCACCAAGCACCCGCUCCUCGACACCGCCCGGGGUUUUGUGUAUGACAGCAGAAAUAAUUUACAGAUGCGAGGUUUGGUUGUGUUGCUUAUUUCCAAAGCUGCUGGACCCAGCACAGCAGAGCUCUCUUUCCAGCACAACAUGGUCAGUGGAAUUUAUUCCAGUCAAAGAAGCCUGGCUGAGAUUACAGAACUGAUCCACACUGCCUUUCUGGUGCAUCGUGGCAUCGUGAACAUCGGGGAGCUCAAGUCCUGUGAUGGCCCACUGAAGGAUAUGCAGUUUGGAAAUAAAAUGGCUGUUUUGAGUGGAGAUUUUCUUCUAGCAAACGCUUGCACAAGCCUUGCACAGUUGCAGAAUACCAAGGUUGUGGAACUCAUUUCAAGUGCUAUUGGUGACUUAGUUCAAGGCAUUUAUUAUGAAAACUCAAAAACAUCUGAGGAGAACUGCCUUACAGAUGAUAUUGGCAUUUCAGGAUGGAAGGAGCAGGUUUUCCUGUCACACAGUGCCUUGCUGGCCAAGAGCUGCCAGGCUGCAAUGGAGCUGGCCAAGCACAGUGCAGAGAUUCAGGACAUGGCGUUUCAGUAUGGGAAGCACAUGUCCCUGAGUCAUAAGCUACAUUCGGACCUCCAACCAUUUGUUAAAGAAAGUUCUAGUGACACUAUGGCCUUCAGUUUGAAUUCUGCUCCUGCAGUCCUCCAUCAGGAAUUUCUUGGAAGGGAGGCAUGGAUUGAACAGAUCAGAGAGGCACGAGGAAAAGGAAAUAAAAUAGACUACAAGAAGCUGCAGGAAGCCAUCAAGGCCGGCAAAGGUGUGACUUCUGCCAUCGACCUCUGCCGCUGCCAUGGAAACAGAGCACUGGCAGCCCUGGAGCACUUCCCUUCCUCCGAAGCCAGGGAUGCCUUGGCCAACAUCAUCUACGCCAUGACCAGGUUCCCCUGAGCUGCCCACCCUGGGAAGAGCUGCUCUCCCUCCGUGGUGGAGCAGCCUGCCCCACGCCAACCUCAUCCUCCCAUCCCAAGGGAAGAACGUGCGCCGGCCGCCACCGCCACCAAAAAUUCAGGAGGAGGGGGGGGAGGAUGACAGGGGAAAAAAAAAAAAAGGUCACAGAUGGCUUUUGCUUGUUGUGCCAGAAGCUCACUUGAGGCUGCACCGGUAGAAAUAAUUAAUGAGUCCUGUUUCCGUGACCUCAGCAAAUGGACAGGAAAUAAGUCGGUAUUGAUUGGGCCCCGGCGGGGACGGCGCCAGGGCGGAGGCCGGUGGUUUUCCUGCCCGAGGGAGGGAUGGAGGGGCGUGAAGAUCCAGGUGUCACAAGAAACCUGCUCAAACCUGCCCAGAGAGAGCUGCCGGAGCUGGGAAUGAACGUCCCCGCUGAUCAAGGGGAAGGGCAGUCUGGGGGGUUAGUUGGGGGUAAAGCCUGGUUCGGUCUGCACGCAGUCCUGUCUCCUCACGCUGUUCUCAUGUGUUCAAAUGUAAAACUACCCCGUGCCUAAUGCUUCCUGUGUCUGAGAAAAUGUGUCAAGCAUGGUAAGUAGGAGCUUUAAAAUAUUUAAUCAAAUAUUAAUUUGGCUCUGUUAAGGGAAGUGACUGCCUGGCUUUUAUACUGUGCGUGUGAAAUGCGUUGCUCUGGGUCGAAGGAUGAGGCUUUUCCAACUCUCCUACGGGAGGGAAUAUCCCUCCUUCGGAGCAAGCAGUUUGUUUCAGCACAAUCUUACAGAAAAGAAUGUCCUGGGUUUGUGACACUUGCAGUCAUUUAAGCCAAAUAAGUGUUGAUUUGCAAGGCUAGCCAUGGGCCUUUGGCAGAAGGGAGGAAGGAACGCUCCCCUCUGAGCACAGUCUUUCACCGCGCUGAAUGAAAUUCAGAAAAUGCUGGAGAAGUUUUGAGGCUCGGUGUGUUGAGUUCUCCAAGUCCAAUUACAGACAGCAUAGAAGGUGUAUCAGGAGCCUGCAAUUUGAGACCGUCUCUGUUUUGUUCAUAGGAGAUGAUUUUUGUGGUUUGCACGCGUGCAAUCUGAGAACGCCGUUGACAAGAAGGCUGAGUUUACAUAAAUGAUCUAGAUUGAGACUCAGCUACCUUUCUUCCUUCUGUGGUGUAAUUACAGCCCAAUCUGGAGACAGCUAGCACAGCAAACAGAUUUCAUUACAUCGCUCACUCAAACACUAAGUGGAGUUAUUUCUGUUAAACUCUCUCCUCCCUUCUCCUUCCCCCUGUCACACAGCUUGUUUGUCGUAGGCCAGCGUGUUGCAUUCCUCUGGGUGCAAAAUAUAAAUAAAACCCCUCUCCUCCAAAAAUAUACUGAAAAUACAUCCUGCAGAAUAUACAUCAUAUUCUGUGUAAUCUAUGCCUGCAUGAUACCAUUAUAUUGUAUGUAAAAUAAGCACCCUUGAGACACAGUCUUUGUGUGGGUGCAGUGUCCAGAACUCAGGACUCAAUGCUGUUCUUGAGAUUGGCUCCAACACCAGCCUGCUUCUUGCUUGCACUUGCUUUCUGAUGCCUGCCCUGGCAUUUUCCCUCUUCCCAAGACUCUGGCACUUCUGCCUGAGUUAGAGCUGUUGCCUAGAGCAGGAAAGCUGGAGACAGAAGAGGAGCACCAAGAAGCAUGGGUUAGUCCAGGCAGUGGCAGGCACAGGCAUCUGCCUUGGGCAACCACUGCACAUUUUCACCUGUGAAGUUCCCUGAAGUUCUGCUACCAUAAAACAUGUACUUGGGAGAAACACCUAAAUUCAGCCAGAAACAUAUGUCAGGUUUUUUUUGGCUCUGCUUCGGAGCCAUAAAUCAUCUUUGUCUUAUGCCUGUGCUAAGGGCUUCAUAAUGAUUUAGGGCUACAAGAAGCUUGGGUCUGCUGGAGAUGUUCUGAGCCAUCUCACCUCAGUCACCUCAACUGUGUGAAAAAAUACCAAGCAUAUUGCAAAACUGUAAGCCUGGUUUACUUUUUCAUGAAAGUACAAUUUUUAUUUGUACUUUUUACUAAUAAAAGCAAAUCAGCAAAAAAUAA